GGUCAGGGAGCCAGACAAUUUUUUGUUGUCUGCGCGGCGAAAGUGUGAUACGAAAAACCUACGAAAAUCUUCCUACCCGGGUUAAUUACGGCGCGUCGUGACACAGCAUUUUUAUCAUCCGAGUUCAAAUUACAUGUUGCCAGACUGUUAAGCUUAAAAGUCUGGCAACAGGUAAUUUGAACUCUGAUGAUAAAAAUGCUUUGUCACGUCGCGCCGUGUACGUAGGAAGAUGUUUGUAUUACAUUUGCCAACAAUCGUUCUAACUGCGAAUUUUGAAUUUAUCUCUCUCUUGAGUCUUUGCCACUAUACCUCACCAGACUUUAGUUUUUGCCAGGUUCCAAGGCGGAUAUGGAGGGAACCAUUAAAGUAAGCGACCCGAUUCCUUUGGAAUCUGAGGAAGGCCAGCGGCUUCUGGAUGAAGCUGAAGCUCGUCAAGACAUCUUAAUGGACAUGUUUGACUUCCAGCAGCACUUAUCGCAUUGUGGCAUACAGAGUGCAGCGCUCCUACUUGCAUCCUUUGAAUGUGGAAAAGCGUGUCGUGAAGCAGGCCACUGCAACUUCAGACACUGUAAGGACAUUAAGGAGCAGUACCACGGAUUUGCUAUGUUCGCCUUCAAGGAGACCGAGGAGAUCAUUACCCAUGAUGUCAUCCAGAAAACAGGCACCACGUUGGUGGAUGUAGGCCAGUUACUUGUCAGCCACAAACACCAAGCUACUGUGUACUUCGGUCAAGAGUCCUCCGUGGAUGAAUUCCGCUGUCUAGCCGUGGAAGCCCUGCGUCAAGAAGAUUCCAGCGCUGGAGUUAUUCUAAACUUCCAGCGAUACCUUUUGGGACAAAUCGGGAAGGCGUCCCAGUAUGGACAUCACAGUCCCCUUUGUGCAUAUCACAAAGCCACUGACCGCUUUCUAAUGCUCGAUACUAAUGUUGGCAAGCCUAAAUUGUGGUUAAAGACUGAGGACUUGUUUCAUGCAAUGCAAGAUGUUGAUGUAGCUACUGGAAAGUCGCGAGGAUUUGUGAUCAUGGGUGGUGUUAUCUGAACAUACUCACAGGCAGUAUAUUAACUUGCAGUAUCCCAUGUCUUUUUAGCUUGUGUACAGGGUUCAAUUCUAUUUUAAAAGGACCAUUGCCAUGACCAGUGUCUCCCUAAAUAUUAAAUAUUUUACUGCAAAAUGUCUCCCAAAAGUACCAUUUAAUUUUGUCAGCCAAUCUUUGUUCCAGUUAACUUUGUAAGCCAAUCUACUUUAGUUGUGCACUAACAUGACUAAAUCAUACAACUCAAAACCAUUGAUGGUCAUCUACAUGUACCUUGGCCGUUUCCCUAAUGAUGUAACCAUCUGUACCAUUGUCAUAAUAAGGGAAUGAAUAUGUGCUGCGCCGGUUUUAAACAAGUAUGUUCAAAACUUGCAAGAGGCCUGGACGUGGGUAAAGCCCGAUUCAUACUCGGAGCAAAAGCGAACGCGAAUUUGUGACAUCAUGGAGAUUAUUCGUGAUGCGAAUUUGUAAAAGUUGAACACAUUUUUGCGAAUUUAGCAGCGAAUGUUUCAUGACGUUAAAUUCGCUUUCGCGUUCGCAUGAAGUAUGAACCGGGCUUAAUAGCUCGAGCCAAAGGCGAGGGUCAUUAUCUGUGUCCUUGUUUUAAACGUACUUGUUCAAUACCGGCCAAGCACAUAUUUGUUCCCUUGCAUAAAAUAACUUUUCGGUCAAAAGUCAAAAUUAAAGCAUUUCCAGCAAUGUUCUUCAACAGUAUUACUUCAUGUUUUGUGAAACACCCUUCUCACCAUGUCUGUGGUAUACACCUUGCGCACGGCACGUACUGCGCGAUGUGGCGCAAAACGCAGCAGUGUUUUAUCAGCGGUUUAAAUCCACCCACGUGACAGGCUCUCAAUUCAUUUGAAUUGGUAAACUGGCUUAGGUAUUUAUGAAUGUAACGUAAUGGUGUAUCAAGAUAUCAAUUUAGAAAAAAAACCUAGAUAACGGUCUGUGUAAUGUAUGUUCUAAAUAUUACAUAUCGAUUACUUCUUUGGAACAAGUAUUGCUGCGCAAAAAAGUGAAUAAAUUUGAAGAAAGACAAUUUAAGAGUUUUAAAAAGCA